AUGACGUCACUGCCGUUACUUCAUUACAGAAGAAGAAACCAGGUUGUGUUCACAAUGUUAAAUGCCAUCAGGACUGAUCUGCACCUAUUAGUUGAGUGUCUGAAGUACCAGAUGAAAUGUCCAGCAUCUCAGAAACAAGCUCUGCUCACCAUCGUCUCCAUCUGCCAACAAAACAGUCAGAAUGUGGAGUUCCUCAGAGAGUUUGGAGGUGUUACCUUCAUCUAUAACCUGUCCAGAGCCAGCAAUUACUGUGAGGUUAAAGAGACGGCUCUAUUCACGCUCAGCUCUCUGGCUGAAUUUAACGAGAGCUGUAAGCAGAGCCUGUGUAGAGAGGAGAUGUUCUGUGGCUUGGCAGACUGCAUGGAACAGGAAGUGUCCCUCACACUGAAGAGGGUGGCAGUGUACAUGCUUUGUGUAUUAGUUUCCAACAACAAACAGGGACAGAGCCUUGCUAAAUCAUCAAAGUGUAUUGAUGUCCUGCUCAACUUAUUCAGGAGCACUUAUCCCAUGGCUGAAGGAACUAAUGAGCUGCUGCAGCUGUGGACGUCAGUGUCCAGUGCGCUCUGUGCCUGUGUCAACAACCCCCAAAACGAGGAGAACCAGUGUGCAUGCAUGUGUGUGUUGCCGCUGGUAAAAGUUUGGCUCCAGCAGCUAUCCACAUUUAGGGCAGAGCUGGCUCAACCCAUCUGCUCUUUCAUUGGCAUGACUGUGGCUAAUAACUCAUGUGUACAGGAGUAUUUUGCAUCAGUUGGAGGACUGCUCACACUCUCAGACACUUUGUCUAGUGCGGUUUCUAAGUGCACAGAGAAUCCUGCAGCCUGUAUGAUCGCUACAGUAAUUACCAGAACACUGUCUGCCUGCAUCACUGACAACGAAGCUUUAGCUCCGGUUCUGUCUGAGCUUAGUUUAGUACCAGACCUUCUGCUGUUGCUGUCCAGCCCAAGCCUCAGUCCACGAGACCAGCUGGCCGUGGUCUUGACACUUGGGCACUGCACCGAUGCAUGUGAGGAGCAUCAGUCUCAGUUGUUGCAUGGUGGAGGACUGCCUCUGAUGAUCUCUCUGUUGACCGAUGCAAAUGACGAAGAAGUCAGAAAGGCAGCUACCUUUGUUUUGCAAACAUGUAAAAAACUUGCUGGAUCUAUAGCUUGUCCAAGUGUGGAGUCUGAUCUACAGAGACAUCGCCAGUCAGCGUGGGAAAUCCAGCAGAGAAUUCAGCAGCUAGAAAGACGACAGCUGGAUGAUUUGGAAAAAGGUGCAGAAAAUACUUUAGCUCAGCCCAAAAACAGCAGAGAGGAAUUGUGGGAGGACUCGGUAGUGCGAAAGGCCAGAGGUCAAAGCCGAGUAUAUGAGGUGGAGUCGGGGAGGAAGGACACUCAACACAGCUACACACAACUAAACAGAGGGAUGAAAGAAAUGGAAAAAGGUAAAACAGAUGAAACAAAUCUGAAUAGAAGCAGAAGCAAAGAUGACCCAGGAAAUGAAAUCCCUGACAGUGCCACACACACCAAACUACCAAGAGACAGACCUGUGAGCAGCCCAGAUAUUUUCAAGCAUCCUGUACUCAUGAAGACACGCCAGCAGGCCCCUUUUUACUCUGACGAUGAGCUGUCUUUGUGCUCUGAGCUCUUGGAUAGUGAGGUUGAGAGGAUUCUCAUCACUCCAACUGCCUCUAAGUCCAGCAUUCUACGAUGUGUAGGGUGUGUGAGCGGGGUGGAGGAGGUGAACAGCAGGUCAGUGGCUGGGGUUCUGCGCAGCUGUAAAAGUCUGUGUGACUUCCACUUGGUGCUGCAGAGAGCUGAGGAUCUUCUGAAGAGAAGCCUGCGUAUCGAUGGGGUCUCACACACACGUGGUCAUGAUAACACCUGUGACUUUGGGGACAGAGACUUGUGCUUUUCUGAAGCUAAACACACAACGAAAGAAAGAGAGGGUCACUCAAAUAGGCCCAAUUGCAGAGACUCUUUGAGGUUGAUAAAUCUUACUCCACUGAAGCGUUCGGAUGAAACACAGGACAAGUUAAGCUCAGACAUGGAAAACAGACACGUGUCCAGACUCCAAAACCCAAGGGGCAAUGAUAGAAGGCAGAGUUCGCUCUGGUUCUGAUCCUCUGAUAGACACAGAGACAGGAAAGAUUAUUCUGAAGAUGAGCUGAAGUACCUCAGUGAGGGUGUGAGGCGUUUUGGUCACUCCUGGAACACUAUACUGUGGGCGUAUCCCUUCCAGCAGGGACGCACAAAUGUAGACCUGGCCAAGAAAUACAGAAAACUACAGCAAUGCUUAUCUCUGUCCCAAGACCUAGAACAAGAAUCUGUUGAACAAAGAGUUCAUGAGAGACGACGUGGUCUGUAA